CCAGGGAGCAUCCUGCUCUGGCUGUGGCAUCUGCUCACAGUUCUCCUCCGGUGCUGGGCAUACAACUCUGCCUGCUGGGCCCCGCCCCUCCGCCCAGAGCUUCCUGGGGGCUUCUCACGACUGUCCUUGGUCACCCAGCACCCCUGAAGCCCCCUACAUACAGGCUGCUGUAUCCCUGUGCCUGGCAGCGAUGAGGUCCCGGCUGCUGCUUUCUGUGGUCCAUCUCCCCACCAUUCGGGAGACCUCAGAGGAGAUGCUGCCUGGAGGGCAUGGGCGGGAACCCCCAGGUUCCCCCAGCCUGGAUGACUACGUGAGGUCCAUCUGUCAGCUGGCGCAGCCCACUUCAGUGCUGGAGGAGGCGUCUACCAGCAUCCGACCCCACAGACCACACCGGCCAGCCAGGGCCUGUCAGAAGAGCAGCGUCCCAGGGUCUCUGCAGGACAUCAGUACCUGCUUCAGUGGCCAGCAGCCCACACUGCCCGGAGCUGGCACUGCUGACCACUUGGGCUGGCUCUUUGGAGAAUCUCCGGAAAAACUGCCAAGUAGCAAGGACCUGUCGAGGAGGGCUGGCCCAUCUGCUGACCCCCAGGGUUCAUGCAGGCAGACGGACAGCAGCAAGGCCCAGGAGGCUCCCAAAGGCAGGCUCCGUGAUGCCAGGGUGCCAGGGCACUCUCUGGCGAGACUGUCUAGGGGCUGGCACCAGGGCUCCCGGGUUUCAAGACAGCCAGUCAGGGCUGCAGCCUCCCCCACCAGCUCGCACCCCAACAGUGUCCUCAGAACUCUCUAUUUGCACCUCCCAGUGAUCCAUGAACUCUGACCCCUCCCCAAUAAAGACUUCUGGAAUGUG